AUGCUCUCCGCCUCCGCCGUGACCGGGCAGUUCUUUAUCUACUCCUUGGUCAAGGAGUUCGGAGCCCUUGUUCUGGCGGCCACCAUGAACAUGCGACAGGUGUUGUCCAUCCUCACCUCCUAUGUGUUGUAUUCCCAUCCAAUCACCUUCUUGCAGAUCUUGUCACUGUGCAUGGUCUUCGCCUCCCUCUUCUACAAGAGUUAUCUGAGCUAUUUGAAGGGCAAGGACAAAGAACCCAAAAGUCCAGGCGUGGUUGACAAGGCAAUCGGCAAAGCGACCCCAGAGGAGGUGACCGAAUUGAAGAGUGCUGUUGACCAAGAGGACGAUAAAUAA